AUGGGCAUAAAUUGGAGCAACAACAUCACGAGCUACUACAAAGGUAUUUUAAUCCCACAGGAUGUCAACGACGAACGACCGAUAUUUGAUCGUUGGCUCUACGAGGUUACCGUCUCCGAGGCCGCAGCACCAGGUCUUCUUCUUCUCACGGCGAACGCUAGCGACGCGGACUCUGGUCUCAAUGGACAGAUUCGGUAUCACCUGGAACCACUACUCGAAGCCGACAAGAAGCCCCGUUACUCGGUUUCUAGCUUCAAUGUUGAUAGCCAAAGUGGUGAACUCCGACUGGCCGAAGAACUCGACUUUGAGACGCAGCGGACUGUCCGUUUCUGGUUGGUCGCCACAGAUCGUGGGACCCCGCCGCUCUCUGAACGUGUACCGGUCCAUGUUACAGUUACCGAUGCAUCUGAUAACGUACCAGAAUUCGUUCGCUUUCCUCCUGAUGCCGAUAAUAAAAACGACGGCCAGCCCUGUCUGCGCAGUGUGACCAUCAGCGAUGCUGCACCUACGGACGCCUUCGUGAUUCGAGUGCCGGCCUCCGAUCGAGACGUCAACGACUCCUUACGCUACAGCGUUCUCAACACGAAGGACUACGCCUUCUUCCGCAUCGGCCCAGACGGUGGUGCCGGCGGAACUGUCUUCUGGCAA